GUGAUCAAACAUUUAACAGUGGAGAGUGAGGUGGUAACUGAGAGGAAAGAAGCUGGACCGCAGCUCUGCUCUCACAGCCUGUACUCUGCAUGCAGCCAACCUGUCCAUCACAGUCUCAAAAUGUACUCCUUACAUCACUGAACUGUGAAUUUAUGUUGUACUAAUUGUUAUAAUACAACCUAUAAUAACAUCAAAUUUCCAUAAGGACACUCUUGGAUGUUUCCAAGCUAUUUCUCUUUGCGCUGCUCAUUAAUUAAAACCACAACCUGGCUAUUGAAACCAAGCGUAGCACGGCAGUGCACUAUUUUUGCAUGACCCACUGAUUGCAAGAGUAUCCAGGAUUGCUUUUGACUUCGAAGAAGGAACCUUGAGCCCUUAACCAUCUUCUGACUGUUUGCCCAACUGUAGCAUUUGGGUGUGGAGGGGUUGUUUCAAGUUAGGCCUCUGGAUGCUGGUUGAAGAUGACUUGAGUUGGCAGGCUUAAAAGCCCCUUACCCAGAGACAGAGAGAGAGACAGUGAAAGAGAGAGAGAGAGAGAGAGAGAGAGCUUGGCACUAGGACACGUGCACAACACACAAAUGUGGGUGCCGAGGCGGCUUUGAGCCAUGCUGGUGUUGCUACUUGUGGGGCCCUGGAGUACAGGCUAUCAUCAUCCGUAUCAUCAUUCACCCAAGCUGAGGAAGAUUCAACGGCCCCAAGGAACGAGGCUACACUUCUGAACGACCUAAAGAAGACUGGGAAACUGCACUAACACAGAGAAUCCACAGCGACGUCCUCAAAUCACACCUAUAGACACACUAAUACGCCUCUCCACAAAUCCUUGAUACAAGGAAAACAAAGCUGCGGCAGACGUGAAAGGCACAGAGACCAAGCAGGAGCUGUGCACCAACAUGGCAGCUGAGAGUCUUGCUGAGCUCCGUGAUUGGCUCUUUCUGCUCCUCCUGUGCCUCACCUUAUUGGCUGAGGUGCUGGAACUGGCGGCAGCGGCAAUUGCCAUGGAGACGGGCGAGGGAGAUGAGGGCAUUGUUUGUCCCUUAGUGUGCCGCUGUGAUGAGGGUUUUGUCUACUGCAACGACCGUGGCCUCAGUAUAAUUCCUCCACUUCCAUUAACGGCUGCCAUCCUCUACUUGCAGAGCAACCGGCUGAGUAAUGCCGGGCUGCCUCCGUCACUGGAACGCAGCACUUCCAUACGAGUGAUUUACCUGUAUGCCAACCAACUGGAUGAAUUCCCUAUACACCUCCCGCCUUCAUUACGGGAGCUCCACUUGCAGGAUAAUAAUAUACGAACGUUACCGCGAUCAGCUCUGGCCAAGUUACCAUUAUUAGAACGUUUACACUUGGAUGAUAACUCUAUAUCCACAGUUAGCAUCCAGGAGCGAGCUUUUUCUGGGACUCCACGGCUUCGACUGCUGUUUCUGUCUCGGAACCAUCUGUCAAGCAUCCCUGCGGGCUUGCCAGCAUCCUUGGAAGAAUUGCGACUAGACGACAAUAGAAUCAGCACCAUCCCGACUCAUGCCUUCCGUGGGCUAUCCUCUUUGCGGCGCUUGGUCUUGGAUGGGAACCUGCUGGCCAACACACGCAUUGCAGACGACACCUUUUCCCGUCUUUCUAACCUAACUGAGCUGUCACUGGUCAGGAAUGCCUUGCAGUCCCCGCCAGUCAACCUGCCUUCAGCUCACCUUGUGCGGCUCCAUUUGCAGGACAACGGAAUGACCCACAUACCAAGAGGGGCCCUAGAUGGGAUGCGGCGGCUACAGAGGCUGGACUUGUCAGGCAACAAUCUGACCAGUCUCCCUCGAGGACUUCUGAAGGACACAGAAAGCCUGGAGUUGCUGCUGCUGAGAGGAAACCCCUGGUACUGCGGCUGCAACCUUCGCUGGCUCCACGCCUGGCUACACGGCCGAGGGGCUGCAGUGACAGUCAGGGGUCUGUCCUGUCAGGGGCCCGAGGCUGUGAGAGGCCAGAUCCUCAGAGACCUAACCUCCCUGAUGGAGCAGUGCGAAGGCCCCCCUGCUGGUCCAAGUACUGGCAUGGGGGUGAACCCACCAGAUAAAGAUGGAGGAGAGGAUGGUGUUGGAGGGGGCCAUGCGGUGGCUUCAGUUCCCCAUGGCAGCACCACCACCACCUCUCUGUUGGUUCCCACACAAGGUUCCCUCUUCACCCUGCGAGCCAAGCGGCCAGGCCUGGUAAUGCCUCUGCCUCCAGGUGAAGGGGGACAGGUAUCUGGAGAGGCCCUGGACCUGACUGUAAAACCUCUCUCUUCGGACAGUGUGCUGGUCAGCUGGUUGUGUCCACAGCCGGCACCCUCAUUCCGCCUGUCAUGGCUGAGGUUGGGUAGCAGUGCAGCUCUUGGUUCCAUAACAGAGACUCUUGUACCCGGAGAGAGGAGGCAGUACAUCCUUACCCAGCUCACACCACGCUCCCAUUACCUCAUCUGCUUGCUGCCACUACGACAGGAGCCUUCCUUUGGGGGGUCAAGCAUGGGGUCAUCUCGAGUUGGCAGCAUUGACAUGGACAAUAAAGACUCGUCCCCGGCCUGUGCUCAGAUAGAGACUGGAGAAGCUUUGGUAAACUCCGGAGGGGAGGGGUCAGAUAAGGAGGGACAGGACUCAGAGCUAACAGCCUUGCCAUUGGCUGGGAUCAUAGGGGGUGCCACAGCAUUGGUAAGCCUGCUGUUAAUCUUUGGCAUCUUCUGCUGGUAUGGACAAAGAGCAGGUUACAUGUCAGGAGACACAGGCUCAUAUAGCAGGGGCCGUGGUGGAAAACAUUAUGAUGACUAUGUAGAGUCGGGCACCAAGAAAGACACUUCCAUCUUAGAGAUCAGGGCCCCCCCUGCAGGGUUUCAGAUGACAGCUAUGGCCCAUCAGCCCCUGCAGCCUAAGCUGGAGGAUGUCACCUAUAUCCACACCAUUUUCCCCUCUUCCUCCUCUUCCUCCCAAGCUAACGGGACCUACCGGAGCAACCACGGAGCUGGCAGCCUCAAUGGCACCAUCCUCAGCCAAACCAGCCACCAUCAUGUCACUUAUGGUACCAACCGUGGCUACAGAGAGGGUGGCAUCCCCGACAUAGAUUAUGCCUACACGUGAUGAUACAGGGACAUACUCCCUGAGCCACGAAUGCCAGGUGCCAUUUCUAUGAUGACGACCCCUUGGCCAGUGGCCAUUUUGUCCUUGGUUUCCAAAGUACCCUCUGUGCCUCUGCUGGUUCAACUUUGAUUGGUUUGCUAAGUAGAAAAGACUGAUUUCAGCUAUGUUGAUUGGACAUUGCUAUUGAGUGACAGAAGUAACAGUCCUACUAUAAUAUCUACUACUGUAUAUUACAUAAUACAGUAGACCCUUCUUUCUGCGCUACUUAUAGUUAUAAAUGGUUACGUUUUCUCUUUUGGAUAUCUCAGUGUCUUUCAAACCUACUGUUCUUCUCAGCUCAUAAUAAUA